AUGGCCUCCCCCAGCACUCUCUUGUCAGAGGCGCUGUUCCAGUGUGCCAUCUGUCAGGAUGUGUUCUCCGAGCCCGUGUCCAUUCCCUGCGGUCACAGCUUCUGCCUUAGCUGCAUCACAUCCUGCUGGGACCAGAGUGCCGCCUCCAGCUGCCCCAAAUGCGACACGCUCUUCGUCGCUCGGCCGGAGCUCUGCGAGAACUCUUUCGCCAAGGAAAUGUCCAAGCAGAUAAGAGCCAGAAGGAAGCAGAUGGACUCGGAGGUUCAGGAGAUGAUCCGGGACCGACUCCAGAAGGUGGCGGAGAUCAAACACUGCAUGGAGCUCAGCAAAGAAAAUACAAAGUUGGAAAAAGAGCGCAGCGCAGAGAUGUUCUCUGCUCUGUUCCAGACGCUGGAGAGAAGCCGGGUCCAGCUGCUGGAGACCAUUCGGAGGCGGCAGGCCACGAUGGAGCACCGAGCCCAGAGGCUGACGGCAGAGCUGGAGCUGGAGAUCAAGGAGCUGGAGAGAAGUAGGGAGAUGCAGCACCUUGUGCACACCGACGGCUGCCUCGAUCUUCUGCAGAGGUCUUCAGCGUCAGAGUCCUGUUGCAGCAGCCUCGUCGACUUACACCCGUGUUUGGGGAUUGUUAGGAGAGCUUUGGCCCACAUUGAUCAACAACUAUGCUCAUUUUUAGAAAUACUUGCAAUUCAAGAGCAUGACAUGAUGCGGCAGUAUGCAGCUGAAGUUUAUCUGGACCCCAGGACAGCCAACCCGUGGCUCGUACUGUCUGAGGAUGCGAGACGGGUUCAGGAUGGAGAUGUUGAGCAGAACCUGCCAGACCUGCCAGAGCGCUUUGACACCGUACCGUGUGUGCUGGCCACCAAGGGUUUUGCCGCAGGGAGGCACUACUGGGAGGUGGAGGUGGGGGACAAGACGUCAUGGGACCUGGGUGUGGCUCAGGGGUCCGUCAACCGGAAGGGUUUGGUGACACUGAGCCCACAAGACGGAUACUGGGCUGUUUGUCUGAGGAGGGAAAUUGAGUACUGGGCCUGUGCGGCACAGGCGCGGCUUCUGUGUCUACCCAAGAGCCCGAAGGUCAUCGGACUAUUUUUGGACGUGGCGGAUGGGACGGUGUCCUUCUAUGACGCCGAGGCCAAGGCACACAUCUAUUCCUUUACACACGUUCACUUCACAGAGGCCAUAUUUCCCCUUUUCAACCCAGAUGUGAGCGACAACGGAAGGAACAGCUCACCGCUCAUCAUCCGACCAGCGGAUGGAAGCGUGAGUUUAGACAAUGUCACAAUAUGAUUGAACUAAAACAGACACACAGCAAAACAUUUUUGACUAAUCAUUUUUGAUUAAAAACCCAGAGCGAGUGUUGUUAACAAC